CAGCGUAAUAGCGAGUAGCGACCGUCUGCUGUCAAGUGUCAAUUCACGUCUGUUCAGUGUUCAGUCUACUGCAAUAUUUGCCUGUGCAGAUCUCGUCUCAUGAAGGAGAGGGAACAGCCUAAUAAUCAGAAGAAUAAUAUUCUAUCCGGUUUGAGACUCGCGCUGGCUUAAAUUGCAUCCAAUUUCGCCUUACACAGACACGCGCAAAUCCGCGUACAGCGAAAUUCCACCUUAUACUUCGGUCGCAAAGAAAAGACUUUAUUUGCACGCACUUAAGAACCAGACGUAUAGAAAGAAAAGAAACAUCUCAAUCAAUCAUUACUUGUUUCAGCUCCGUAAAAAACUGAGCGAUUGAUAAAUCUCUUGGUAGAAGAUGUGCGGUGGUUUUACAUGUUCAAAAAAUGCACUAACGGCGCUAAACGUUCUCUACAUCGUCGUCGCCUUCAUCUUGAUUGGCGUAGCUGUCUAUGGCAGAGCCUCAGCACUCGUUACAAAUUUGCCUAUAAUCGGAGGAAUUUUAGCCUGCGGAGUGAUACUUUUCCUCAUAUCGAUACUCGGCCUAAUUGGAGCGAUAAAACACCAUCAAGUUCUACUGUUCUUUUACAUGGUGAUUUUGUUCCUGCUAUUCCUAAUCCAGUUCAGCAUUGCCUGCGCUUGUCUUGCCGUAAAUCCUGAACAACAAGAACAACUUGCCGAGGAGGGAUGGAAACGAGUAAAUGACGACUUGAAAGCGAAAGUUCAAAAAACAUUCAGUUGCUGCGGAUUUGAGGGUUCCAAAAUGGUCGGCAAGCCUUCUAUGGAUCACCCCAGCUGUCAUUUCGUAAAUGAUUUUUGCUGCGAAUUGAAACCACAGCCAUGCGAGUGCGAACCGUGUAUGCACAAACUACAAUCAACGAUCGACUAUGCUUUUAAACUAUGUGGCGGAAUCGGACUAUUUUUCAGUUUCACAGAGUUUGUUGGUGUUUGGUUGACCGUACGCUACAGGAACCAGAAAGACCCAAGAGCUAAUCCUAGUGCUUUCCUCUAGUCUAACACCAUCGCCAUGUCCCCUGUGUCCUCGUACGAACCUCCUAACAGAUGGUGAUUGCAGCAUUCUUGGCUAGACGUUAUAGAAACCAAUUGGACCCAGACGAAAAGGCUGCGCGAGCUGUUUUUCCUCGUCAAAACUAUCUUUACUGAUUCCGAAAAAAUUGAGGAAGAGCCAAACGUUGGAAGUCUUUAAAGACCAAUUUGACUUGUUCUAGGAUCAUUUGAACAUUAAAUUGAGUCUCAUCGAGAAUACUCGUUUUUUUUGUUUUAUUACAGAAAUAAAUAUUUAAAAAAAAAUCACAAAAAAACCGUAAAACAAUCGGUUUAAAAAAAGAAAGUUUAAAAAAAAAAAAAAAAAAAAAAAAUAGAUCUGUUCUUCGACUUUGUUCCUGGAAUUAAUGUAAUUAACUGUCUCAAACUGUCAGAAAUCCUGAAUAGCCAAAGAUCAAAUUCUCAUCGAUCAUAGAACAGCGCAGCAACGAACUGUCUACUACCAAAAAUACAUCAAUACCCCUAAUAUGUUGCUCAUUCCUGGUAGUAACAACAGAUUUUCGUUUAAAAAAAAUUAACAUCUAAUAGAGUUAGUACAACUGCAAAGUCACCACUAUCUAAACGUAUCUUUUAGAAAGAUUCAUAACUGCUCAACAGUGUGAAAUUACUCUUAACGAUUACCGAAAUCUUUCUUUUUUCAUCCCACAAUCCAGUAAUAAACAUGUUCAAAUCGGUGAGGGGGACAUAAUAGAUGAAAUGUGUGCUCUAGUCAGCCACUACGACACUAUCAUAGCAAGCCUCAAUGCGCCUUGUAGUAUUUAGCAUAAAACAGUUUACUGUUUAGAUAUUUACCUUUAAGAAUCUCCUGGGAGAGGAACGUUUCUACAGAAAUCGUUUCUGCAAAAUUUAUUUCUACAAAGCUUGUGUCUACAGAAAAAUUAUUUAAAUACCUUGAGAAUUAUUCGUCCGGAAACAAAAUUCAAGCGAUUUGUGGCACCUUAAAGGUUUAGAAUAAGUUGAGCCGUAUCCGAAACCACAACACAUGAUUCCCUCAUAAGAAAGUGAUAAAGAUAAUAAUAGAAUAAGUUACGGCUUCGCUUUCUGUAGAAACGAUUUCUGCAAAAACGAUGCCCUCUCAAUCUCCCAUAUCUACCGAGAUCUCUUUCUUCUUGCUGCGUACUAGACAGGCAGACAGAGCUAAUUAUCGCCAGAAUUCCGCACGAGCUUCAACUUCAAAUUUUAUGUAUACCUAUUGUUAAGCGUAAAUUUUAGGACAAGAAAUUAUCUUAUUUCAUUCCGUAUUUGUUAGAAAUAUUGCCAUCCAUUCCCUUCAAAUUAACGACCAUUGUUUAGAGUUUACUUCAAAAAUAUGUGUACAAUUUAAAACAAAAUAUAUAUAUAUAUAUAUAAAUAUUAAAUAUAUAUAAAUUGGUUAUUCGUUCGCUGUGCAAAUGCCAAUUCGGAAGUAGUAUUUCAUAAUACUGUAACUGUAUAAAUCGUUUGAAUUAAUCAAUCCGCCAUAUUCGUCUAUUAUCGAGGAAAUCAAAAUUUCCAACAACCGAAGCUUUCUUCCGUUAGUGUGAUUUUUGUUCAUUUGAAUUUUUACCACUCCAUGUUAUCUUUAGGUUCUAAAUAUUGUUCAGCUUUUUUUAAAUUUAGGGGAUAUUAAUACCAAGUGAAUGUUGUAUACCUUUGCGAAAUCUUGCAUUCUAUUUCAACGGCUGUCGAGCAUAGUUUUAUACCUAACUAAAUUUUCCAAUCAUCAAAAAUAUUCUUCUAUUUAUUGUAUUUGUAUUUUCUUUUUGUUUUUUUCUUUUCUAACGUAAAUUCUUUUGUUUGUUCUUUUAACAUGAUCUAUCUUGAAGACCAAUGAUUAUUCCGUAUUGAUUCAUGUUUAUGAAAACCUAAUACGUUCCAUUAUAAAUAAAAAACUGUAAGCAUAAAUAAAAUUCUAUUUCGCGAUUACAAACAGCUUAGUUAUACCAUUUACAUACGCAAUAUACAAUACGUAAUAUUUGUCUACAGUUUGUCUAUAUAGAUACGAUUUCAGGCUUCCGCACUUAUUGUUAGAAUCAGAGAUUGUGGAGUUCGAAUAUGUACAAAAUUCAAGACUAAAAAAAAUCUAAUUCCAUUGAGCCCGCUCAUAUCAAUCAAAAUGUGGCUCAAAACGUAUUUAAGAAAAAAAAAAAAAAAAAAAAAAACAACCGAUGAAUAUUACGUAAAACAAACUUGUACUAUUAUAGUAUAAUCACUUGUAAUCCUAGAAUCACGUAGGUACAUUUACUCGGCGGUUUUCAGAGUUUGAUGUAUGAUGGAAAUUUCCUGUGAUCAUUAAAUCGUGAUAUACUUGGUUUUCGAGCCGAAUAGACAAACUGUAAUUUGAAAUAUCUAUGUACACAUAUAUAUGUGUAUGCAUAAGCCAGACGCAAAACUAUAUAAGUAAGUGAAAUGUAUUCAAUUGUAGAAAUAUAUACGUAGUCUGUUACUGUAACCUCAGCAAUCAAAAUAAAUAAGUAGUUCAGUACGUAUGACAUUUACUCAUAUAUAUACACAUUCGCGUUAUGCACGUUAUGCAGCGUGAUGCGUAUUAUCCGAUUCCUGACACAGCGCUCUGCAAACUGUAGUUAUACUCAAGAAAAAAAGAAA